CCGGGUGUUGGAGCAGCGACGGCCACCUAGCGGGCGAGGCUUCAGUCUCCGGCUGAGAGCGCCCGCGGAACCCUCCUCUAUAACCCGGGCGACAUAUACCUCGUGUGGCCAGGUUCUCGCCCACCAUGUCAUCUGCCGGUGCCCAGGAGGAGCUGGGCGGGGCGUGAGGUGCCUGUGCAAGGAGUGUGGCAGCGGUGGUGGUCACCUCCCUCUGUCGCCGCCACCGUCAGUCGUUCGUCGUCACCAGUACCCGCCGCCGCCGACCUCCCUGGUGCGCCGGGCCCUCUGGGUAGUCUGGCAUGCCCCUGGCGAGGACUGUGAGCAGCAGUGUGUGUUGGCGCAGUGUUUGUUGGAGGAGGCUCGAGUGUUGCAGACGUGUGGAUGGCCAGGCUGUGAAACACUGGCAUGCCGCCUCCCGGGAACGCUAUCCGCACGUUAACUCCUACGCUCCAUCCCCCUCUGUUCUCUCCCUCCCGGCGCCACCUCGCUGCGGACCACACUUAGCGGCGCUCUCUUCUGCGCCGCGCCAAGUUACGUUUCUUCUUUACUUUGUUUAUUAAAAUACAUCUCCGUUACCCAGUGACUUACCUAUGUAUAAACUGUUUGCUUAUGUAGCCUAGUUUUUGUGCCUACGUGGCCCAGAUGACAACGGUUUUUCUCUCGUAUUUUAAAGUUAAAAUAAAAGAAAAUCACCAAGUGUUUUUUAAGUCGAGAGUUUUAUCUUUCUAAGCGAUUUGUAAGGAAGUGUUUGAGGGCCGCCAAGACCACACCAUCGCCCGCCACUAAGAGUAGUUCUGUCGAAUCCAGGAAAAGCUACAGCGAAUCUGUCGACCACAGAAGCCGCCGCAACCUACUAACUCGACCCCAGGAGGUGACAAAACUAAAAACUCGUCCUCAGGAGCCACAGGAAAGAACUUGUCGAGUACAGGAGACCCCGGAGCGGACUUGUCGAACCUCAAGAGCCACUAGAGCGGACUUGUCGAACCUCAAGAGCCACUAAAGCGGACUUGUCGAACCUCAAGAGCCACUAAAGCGGACUUGUCGAUCUUCAAGCGCCACUAAAGCGGACUUGUCGAUCUUCAAGAGCCACUAAAGUGGACUUGUCGAUCUUCAAGAGCCACUAAAGCGGACUUGUUGAUCUUCAAGAGCCACUAAAGUGGACUUGUCGAUCUUCAAGCGCCACUAAAGCGGACUUGUUGAUCUUCAAGAGCCACUAAAGUGGACUUGUCGAUCAUCAAGCGCCACUAAAGCGGACUUGUUGAUCUUCAAGAGCCACUAAAGUGGACUUGUCGAUCAUCAAGCGCCACUAAAGCGGACUUGCCACUGGUCUGACGAGUACAGGAGCCAGCAGAGCAAAGAUUGUGGGAGCGCAGGACAGCGAGGCACUCCAGCCAGUACUGACCCGUGAGCGGAUGUCUGGACUUGACGGGUCCUCCGCCACAGUGCUGCUGCUGCUGCUGCCUGCUGCCGCUGCUGCUGCCGCUGCUGCUGCCGCCGCCGCCGCUGCUGCUGCUGCCACUGCCGCUGCUACCUCUACUGCUUCUGCUCCUACUGUUCUGCUUCAUCUAUCACUGACCUCGUCGCUCAAGGGUCGCCAACCACUGCCCAGUCUACUACCCAUUUCCAGUCUGCUGAAGGAAGCAUGAGGUGAUGGGUGACGAGGUGGGGGCACUCGUGUUGGUGGUGGCCACACUUGGCUGGGUGUUAAGCCCGGGUCUGUGUUCGACGGAGCUGGACGCAACCUCCAGUACAUCAGCUCAGAUCUUUAACAUAGGUGGUAUUCUCUCUGAUAUGAAGUCUGACGCUCACUUCAAGCUAACCAUAUCGCAGCACAUAAACACCAACAGGACGUACGUCGAUGUGGACACCAACCUAAAGGACGUCACCAUGUUGAUGGACUCCAACCCUAUCCGCACCGCUCUUGAGGUGUGCAAGCAACUCGUCUCCCAGUCGGUGUACGCCGUCAUCGUCUCACACCCCUUGAAUGGCGACCUGUCUCCUGCCGCGGUCUCCUACACCAGUGGCUUCUACCAUAUCCCCGUCAUCGGCAUCUCCUCCAGGGACUCUGCCUUCUCCGACAAGAACAUCCACGUCUCGUUCCUGAGGACAGUGCCUCCCUACAGUCACCAGGCCGACGUGUGGGUGGACCUCCUCAAAAGUUUCCAGUACACUCAGGUGGUCUUCGUUCAUUCCUCCGACACAGACGGCCGAGCCCUCCUCACUCGCUUCCAGAACCAAGCCCAGAGUCACGAGGAUGAUAAGGACAUUAAGAUGGAGAACGUAAUUGAGUUUGAACCAGGAUUAAACUCCUUUGUGGAUAAACUGAAAGAAAUUAGGGAAGCGUCUGCAAGAGUCAUCCUUCUCUAUGCUAAUAAAGAGGACGCUGGCACAAUCUUUCAUGACGCCAGUUACAUGAACAUGACAGGCCGGGGUUACGUCUGGGUAGUGACUGAACAGGCCCUCAACGCUGAACACGUACCAGCCGGGACCAUCGGCCUCAAGCUAGUCAACGCAUCUGAUGAGGUAGCCCACAUCACCGACAGUCUGUACAUCUUGGCUAAAGCCCUCAAGAAACUACGUGAAGAGCAAAAUACGACAGAACCACCGCCCCAAGAUUGUAAUAACACUGGUGCAUCUUGGGAGACGGGCAAGAAACUCUUUCAAUACAUCCUAGAACAGGUCCUCAAGAAUGGUCACACGGGUAAGGUCGCCUUUGAUGAGAACGGUGACCGCAUCAACGCCGAAUAUGACGUCAUCAAUAUCCAAGAGUUCAACGACACCGGAAUAUUACGCAAAGACCACAAGCCAGUUGGCCAAUACAAAUACAACAAGCCUCCUCGUGGUGCAGGGAAAGAUGAGGCUGGAAACGCCUUGAGCACCACUACCCCUCUGCCACAGACGAAGGAAACCAUGACGUUGGAAAUUAAUGAAAAUGCGAUCGUAUGGCCCGGCAACACCACCAUCAAGCCUCAAGGCUACAUGAUCCCCACCAGGUUGAAGGUCCUAACUAUCGAGGAGAAGCCCUUUGUGACGACGCAGAAGAUCGAGAGCAAGGCAGAGUGUCUGGGUGGUGGCCGAGUCUUGUGUCCAUGGUAUAACACCUCAGGGGAUGGGGCCGACCUCUACUGCUGUACUGGCUACUGCAUCGAUUUGCUCAACACACUAGCUAAUAAGAUCAACUUCACCUUCGAACUCGCUCUCUCCCCUGAUGGUCAGUUUGGGUCUCUACGGAUGAAUGAAAACACAGGCAAGAAGGAAUGGACGGGUCUCAUUGGCCAACUGGUGAAUCAGACACACGGAGCGGAUAUGAUUGUGGCGCCGCUGACCAUCAACCCGGAGAGAGCACAGGUUAUAGAGUUCUCCAAACCCUUCAAGUACCAAGGCAUCACCAUCGUGGAAAGAAAGCAACCUCGGUAUUCCACGUUGGUAUCCUUCCUUCAACCUUUCCGCAACACACUGUGGAUUCUGGUGAUGGUGUCAGUGCACGUCGUAGCCCUUGUUCUCUACCUCCUCGACAGGUUUAGUCCCUUUGGCAGGUACAAACUAGCCAACAUGGACGGAACAGAAGAGGACGCUCUCAACCUCUCCUCUGCCAUAUGGUUCGCCUGGGGUGUAUUGCUCAACAGCGGGAUAGGUGAAGGUACACCCAGGAGUUUCAGUGCCAGGGUGUUGGGCAUGGUGUGGGCCGGAUUUGCCAUGAUUAUCGUAGCUUCGUAUACUGCCAACCUCGCUGCGUUCCUGGUGUUAGACCGACCACAGACCUCACUAACUGGUAUUAACGAUGCUAGGUUACGGAACCCAAUGGAGAAUUUCACAUACGCUACCGUUAAAGGCUCGUCAGUGGAUAUGUACUUCCGUCGGCAGGUAGAGUUAAGUAAUAUGUACCGUACUAUGGAAGGGAAUAACUAUCUGACAGCCGAAGCCGCCAUCGCUGCUGUCAAGUCCGGGAAGUUAAAAGCCUUCAUCUGGGAUAGUUCACGCCUGGAGUACGAGGCAGCCCAAGACUGUGAAUUAGUCACGGCGGGGGAACUGUUCGGUCGCUCCGGUUAUGGCAUCGGUCUCAAGAAGAACUCCCCCUGGGCGGACCGCGUCACCCUCGCCAUCCUAGAGUUCCACGAGAGCGGGUACAUGGAGGAGCUGGAUAACAAGUGGAUAUUACAGAACCAAGAGGAUAUCUGUAACACGGAUGAAAAGGCGCCGGCGACCUUAGGCCUCAAGAAUAUGGCCGGGGUGUUCAUUCUGGUGGCUGUUGGUAUUGUUGGGGGGAUUGGCCUCAUUAUUAUUGAGAUUAUUUACAAAAAACAUCAGAUACGGAAACAAAAGAGACUGGAAAUAGCUCGUCAUGCUGCUGAUAAGUGGAGAGGAGCCAUAGAGAAACGCAAGACGCUGAGAGCCUCCAUGAUGAUGCAGAGGAGACUUAAGGCCAACGGGGUGAACGAGCCGUCAGUGAUCUGUGUCAACGUUGAGGGCGGGUCAGGUACUGGGGCAGGAGCUGGGGCGGGUGCCGGGGCGGGGGCGGGGGCCGGGGCUGUGGUGGUUAGCUCGGCGAGUGGCGCUGCAGCAGCCAGUGUUGGAGCAGCUGACCUGCCCCGGAUGCUUCCUCCGCCACCGCCAGCACCCUUGGCACCUCCGUCACCUCCAGGUCUACCUCCAGACGUGCCGCCAGCACCUCCUGCGCCAAGAUGGGCUAACGACAUCCGGCAGCGUCAUGUUUCAGCUCAGGACGAAGGUCUGCCCCCACCUCCUCCACCCCCGGCAGGUGUGGACACCAUGCGGCUGCACGCCUCUUACAAGAACCUAUUCGGCCAUGACCCGCCAGAUCUGGUGGCGUGAGCAUCGACUGUAGCCUCUGUAUCAGAGGUCGCCAGGCUCACAGGGGCAAGUGACCCUGGCAGGGAGGCCCACACUGACUCCCCUCUUCAUUACGUCCACUCGGCGGCGCCCCGGGCCACGCCCCCCCCCCCUGCCAGCCGGGCCAGGGGGGGCACUACUACGCUUCUCACUCGUCAACAACAUUGUAUAAACCCAUGGACAUUUAUAGCAUGUUAUCAGUGGGUCAUAGAACCUUGACCACCCUAACUUUUAUUGUUUAUUUUGGUAAAACACAUUCAAGCCCUUCUGCAACUCCUGGUUAGAAAGCUAAACAUUAUUUAGUUAAGGUAAGACACACAGCAGUUGAUGAGGGAACCUGUGUGUGUGUGUGUGUGGUGAGACCCAGUAGACACACUCUCAUAGUACCCCCUGGGAGAGAGAGGGCGUGCUUGUUGAUCUGUUGUUGUCCUCCGAUCCUGCACCCUCACCAGGAGUAUUUUAGAUAGGGAACAUUAGUGUGGAGCCCCGACCAGUGUGAGGGGCAGGGGGGGGACUGUCCCCUCACGCCGUCAGCACGAGGGGCGAGUGGCAAAGAGUGACCCCUCAAGCUGCUGGUGUGAGGGACAGGUAACAUUAAGUUCCCUCUGAGUGUGUGAGGGCCAGACGAAGCAGUUACUACCCCUCUGUUAUCACUAAUGAACUGCACUUCACCUCCUUCCAGAAGUUCCCAUAAUGGUGUUGGUGGAGAGUGUGGCCAUGGCCCUGACCUGCUGUGAACACGACUAGGUCCCUGUCAGGUCAAGUGGUGUUAACAGCGAGGUGUGACGCUGAGUACCCCCUCAUGCUGUCAGUGUGAGGAGUGGUGGCUGUCAGAACACUGCCCCUCAUGCUGUCAUUGUGAGGAGUGGUGGCUGUCAGGACACCCCCCCUCACGCUGUCAGAACACCCCUUCCCUCACCCUGUCAGUGCGAGGUGUGGUGACUGUCAGCACACACACCCUCACGCUGUCAGAACACACCCCCCUGCCUCAUUAUACAAGUUUCUGUUAACCUCGUAAGGCCUCCGCUAAAUAUCUGGAAUCUACAUUGUUGAUGAUACGCUUAUUAUCGUUGUGUGUUGUGAUUACAGAGGUGAACAGCCAAACACAGACAGACAUUGGUCACACAGCAGCCUCGUGGCGGUGCUGUGGUGGUCUGUUCCCGCGGUUGUUUGUAUGUACAGUAUACUUAUUUGUAAUUUUUGAGGCUGAAUACAAUGAAAUUUAACUGAAAAUACAAAUACAUUUUCCAAAAAAGGACAAAAGAAGAAACGUGUUAAAACAUCCAAUUAUUUACGUUACCUGUAAAGAUAGUUAUUAUUAAUGUUGAAAACAAAAGAUAUAGAAAAUAAAUUGUUAAAGAAAUAUACAAUAAUUAUGAUUUUGUCACAUAUAUAGUAGGUCAAAAUUUGCAAUAUAUAAUUUAUGUUGAAAAUAUGAGUAUUAAAGAAAUAGAUUAUAUUACAUUACCCAAAAAGUGACCAUCCUUCCUGUGUUUGGUCACAACACGGUGUAGUGCCACAAGACAGGAAGUUCUGGCCCGGAAGUGUUGCAAUAAGGAACAAUAAUGAGCCUUAUAACACUACUACUGAAGGGUGAGAAUAACCUAACAUGUGUGGCGUAGCAAAGAUGUUUAGGUGUGUGUGAGUGUGUGUGGGCGCAUGCGUGUGUUUGUGUGUGUUUGAUACAAGGAUCCAGAACGGAACUAACUAUAUAUAUAUAUAUAUAUAUAUAUAUAUAUAUAUAUAUAUAUAUAUAUAUAUAUAUAUAUAUAUAUAUAUAUAUAUAUAUAUAAACAACAACCAGAGUUCUUGAUGUAAACUUUAAUUUUUAUGAAAGUUUUUUGUCUAUAGUUUCACCGUAUUGUAUAUCUGUUAAUUUCAGGCUUCAUAUGUUCUUCCAUAACUGUGGUAAUAUUUUUUAUUUUAUUUGUACCAACGUUUAAACAUGAAACAAUAUGUAUCAAGAAAAAAAUAAUAUUUGUUCCGCUCAUUCACUAACAUAUUUAAACUAUUAACAAACGACAUUAUGUUAUAUUGAGUCAGAUGGCUUUAUCAACAUUUGAAUCAGUUCAUACAUAGAGUGGUAAUAAGUAGAGUGUGUGUAAACAUUCUUCCUUCAGUUGAUCAGUUUUUGCAUGUUUUGGACUAAGAAGUUGUAUUACUCUACAACACGGGGGUGACCGGAGACGAACUCUCAAUACAAAUUGUAUAAAAUACUUGGGCCUCAUAUCUUGAACAUGGAUAAGAAUGGACACCUCUCGUUUAAUACAAAAACAAUAAAAAACAAGAACAGAAA